AUGGGCUUCAACGGCUAUCGAGAUCUCGUAUUACCAAGAGCAGAGACGGACCCUCUGGUCAGAAAAGCAGUUCUUCUCGUCGUUGAACAACAUCUCUCUUUGCAGAACGGCACUGCAAUAUCACUGGAUCCAGCAGCUUAUGGAUCACUUGUAAGAGAACUAAUCAUGCGUUCUCACCAGUGUGCACCUCAAGAUGAUGAUUCUGCACUCACUGCGUUGCUCCUACUACAUAUCCGGGAGAUGAUCAGCGGAAGCGAUAACUUUAAACUUAUCUAUGGUUCGCUGCGAGUGGUUGUUAACGCACUUACGAAGAAUGCGGGUGAAGGAACCUCUGAUCUCAGAAGGUUUCUACAGAUGCAGAUACUGAGGGUCUGUCUGUUUGGAGAAUCUCUCUUCAACGAAACCAACGGCGUUCACUUUAUCCAAGCUCAGCAACAAGCUUGUCUCGAAUUCAUAACAUGGUGCGACCGUUUCCACCCAGAACUAAAAGACCUUCUCUCCCAACUCGCCUCCCUAACAACAUGGGCCUGCGACAUCUAUGUUCAACGCGCCAUCUUCAACCCCCCACCUUCCGAAACCGUACCCAUGAUCGAGAGAUUCAAACAGUCACUCGGCCAAGUCGACGCUUACGUCGAUAUAGUGGGAAGACACCUUCUAGCUUGGCCGUAUUUCAUCGUGGCGGCUGAGAGCUCGACGCCAGAUCAUAGAGAGUUCUUUUUGAAUAAGUUGGCCAAGUUGCAUAAUACGACUGGGUGCUGGAAUCUGUUGAGGGCUAUUGAUCAGGUUAAGGAGAUUUGGGCGUCGCAGUCUUCGAUUCGAUGGACGAGUUUGCUUGGUGGGCCGACGCAGGCUUUUAUAAUGUAA